AUUUACUAUGAGAUACUUCACUUUUUAAUGACUAUUGGAGUCACGUCAGUAUGUUAAUAGUGAUAUAGAUAUGCUAACAUGUCCAAUUUUACUUGAUAUUCCCAACACAAUAGCUUUGUUUCUUGACUGAGAUUUAUUUGUCUCCUCUUUCUACUGCAGUCAAAAGUUUGCAGAUAAAUUCAUAUUUCGUAAUCGAUCAGCAAUCCUGGACAGUGUUUCAAGGGACAUGUGGACUCGGCUGCAGUAUAUCUAUUUGUUUAAUCUUUAGUUGCAUAUAAAAUCCUUUUGAGAUUUAUUUAUUUUAACCCACAGAAAAAGGAGAUUUAUUUAUUUUAAGAUAUGUCCCUUUAUUGUUCAACUGCAACUGAUUUGGUAGUCCAUACAUAACAAGAUGUAACAGAUGUGCCAUUAAGAAUUAUCUGAGUCCGUUCUAUCAAAUGUAAAGUAAGGUGACUUGCCCUUCCCAGUAUUACCUUAUUACUGUUAUUUGCCUUCUUUUAUUGAUAAAAAGGUCAUGUGAAUCAUGGAGUGGAAUAUUAAAAAGCCACUGCAUAUAGCAUUGCUUUAUCUGGAUGAGUUAUCAUCAAGCAUCAUCAUCAUCCUGUUAUUUCUAAUCAGCGUUGCACAUCUAUUUUAUCAAGCUCCUCUGUUACUUUCUAGCUACAUGAAGUGGAGUUAGUAAUAUAUUGCUCUAUGAAGUGAAAGUUUCUUUUUGCUCAAAAAACUACUCCUAUAAUACAAUGCCUAAAUAUGCCAAUUUUCUACCACUACUGAAUCUGAAGUUCAACUGAUGUGCUUCAUUUCCAUGUUAGCCUUUAUAUGGUUAGCCCACCAGUAUUAAGAUUAACAAAUUGCUUGUUAUAUUUGUGAGAACUGAAACCGCUUCUUUUGAAAUGGGCUCUAAUUGUUGAAGUCUAUUUUUUUUCAUGGUUUGAGAUGAAUUCUUAAAUGACCAGGAAACAAAAUAUUGAUAUCUUUGGAAUUACUUGCUUUGAUUUUUAAAUACAAUUUGUCUUGUAACUUUAUUUGUUUUUUGUUAGUGUUGAACGAUUGCAAACAAAUGGUGCAUCACAAGUUGCUGGUCAGGUUCCUCAGGAGUAUAACUUUGUCAUGUUUCUGAAAUUGUAUCAGGAUUAGCUAUGAAUUGGUCUUUGCUCUUGUGAUUAUUGUAGAGUUACACUUCAAGCUCGUGGAUGCCGCUGGCCCAUAUUCUGUGAUUAACAACAUGAUUAAAAAAAUUACGGUUACUUCGAUUAUGUACUGCUGCUUGAACUUCAUUUACUAUAGGUUUACAGGUACCUAUUUACAGGUACCUGUGGAUUGAGAGGGUCACUGGGUCAUCUUUUGAAGUUGGUUUGGAUGACCUGAAGCUAUCAGGACAGUAACUGGGGAGGACAGUGGGACAGCGGCGGGGGUGCAGGCAGUUCGUGGCGGCGCGAUGGCAAUGGCGGAGGCCGCUCGGGCAUCGAGGAUAGCGGUGGAUUGUGUUGGGCGAGGGUAGUAGGACGACAGAGGGGCGGAGGCAGCUCGGGGUGGCGGGCAGUAGCGGAGGCCGCUUGGGGCGCCGAGGACAGCAGUAGAUGGCGGCAAGCAAGGGCGGGGUACGGAGGCAGCUCAGGGUGGGCAAGAUGGUGGCGGGAGGUGGCGAAGGCUGCUCGGGGCGGGCAGAUGGCGGCGGGGUGGCGGCGUGGCUGAGGCAACAAUGGGGCGGCAUGUGAGCGCCGUCGGGAUGGUGCAGCACUGCCGGCACAUGCCUCAUCCUCGUCGUCGGCAUCCGUGCGUGCGAGAGAGAGGUUUGAGAGGGGAGAGAGAGAGGAGAGAGAUCUGAUGGGUGGGCCCCAUCGAUUAGUUGAUAAAAGAAUUGUUGACUGAACUACCACGUAGGACCAAAACCGCUCUCAAAGCUAUUUAAGGGAGUUUUCAUCCUGUAUUGAUAGUUGAAGGUGAAAGAUAUCUUAUUUUUGAGUUCAAGGGGUAAUUCGUAAUCACAUAAUAACUUAGGGGCGUAAUUCGGGUAUGGACCAGUGAAGUGAAGUCACUCGCGGAGAUGCAAGUAUUAUAGGAGUAGAAGCAAAGCUCCAUCGCUCUGCAGCUAACCACGAGCAACACAAACCACACCUGUUCUGCGGCGAGACAAUGGCGUCGCAACCGGCCGCUCACGCCGCUGGCCUCCGCGUCCUCCGCACGACGCGCGUCGCGCCGGCGCCGCCCGCCGGCGAGCCCGCGCUGCCCGAGCGAGCCCUGCCUCUCAUGUUCAUGGACGCGAUGUGGCUCCGCGCCCAGCCCGUCGAGCGCGUCUUCUUCUACCGACUCGGCCCCGGCGACGACGACGACGACGGUGGUGUCGACGCCGUGCUGUCCCGGAUGGAGGAGUCGCUGCCCCGGGCUAUCCACGCCUUCUACCCGCUCGCCAGCCGCAUCCGCCCCACGCCCAGCGAGACCAACCGGUACGAGCUCCUCUACCAGCUCGGCGACGGCGUGGCGUUCACCGUCGCCGAGCACGACGGCGUCGGCGUCGACGAGCUCGCCACGGACGAGCCGAGGGAGCUCGCCAAGAUCGCGCCGCUCGUCCCGGAGCUUCCCGAGGGCGGCGCGGUGCUCGCGCUGCAGGUGACCGUGCUGCCGCCCAAGCGCCGCGGCCUCGCUCUCGGCGUCAUCGUCCACCACUCCGCCUGCGACGGGGUGGGCUCGACGCACUUCCUCCACACCUGGGCCGCAGCCUGCGCCGGCGACCGGAAGCUCCCGGAGCUGCCCGUAAUCGACCGCACGCUCAUCCGCGACGUACCGGACAGGCAUGACGAGUUCGCCGCACAUGAGGAGCUCGCCGACGCCGCGGGCGGCGUCUUCACGGCCUGCGCCGCGGUGGCCGUCGCCAUUGACGAGGCGGUGCGCGGCGAGCCCGCGUACUGGGAAGGGUGGACGGAGCGCGUCAUGGAGGCGUGCAGGGACGACGCGCCGUUCUCGGUGGCCGGGUCGACGAGGUUCCGCGUGUACGACGUCGACUUCGGGUUCGGGAGGCCGGCGAAGGUGGAGAUCGUGUCCGUGGCGAAGACCGGCGCGGUGUCGGCGGCGGAGGACCGGUCCGGCGCCGGCGGCAUCGAGGUGGGCAUAGCUCUGCCGCCGGAGAGCAUGGACACGUUCCGGAGGUGCCUCGCCGACGCCACUGCUUGGCUUUCCUCGUCUUCCCAAUGCAACUAGCGUGGGAACUGCCGUACGUACUCCUCGGAGAUUUCUUCAGAGAUUCGGUUUUCAAGUCUAUUUGCUGGCUUAUACUCUCUCUGUGCAAAAAAUAAAAAAUCAAAAAUCAAAACCAGCGAUGAAUGACAUAGGCCUUGUUUAGUUCCAAAGUUUUUUUCUAAACUUUCAACUUUUCCCAUCACAUCAAUCUGUUCUACACACACAAACUUUCAAUUACAUCGUUCUAAUUUUCAACCAAACUUCCAAUUUCGGCGCGAACUAAACACAGCCAUAUGUGUGUUCAGAUUCAUCUUUAGGGUUUGAUUCCUUUUAGAAAUUUAUAAUUUAAUUUUGGUGAUUGUAUUUUUAUCUCUACUACUUUUAAACUGCUAGUAAUAAUUAUUUACCUAUAAA